AGGGAGGAGGGGGUGCCGGGAAGAGGCUGACAGCCUGGCCAGGAGUCGGCCUCGGCCUUGGCCUCGGGAGGGGAAGCGUAGGAGGGACCCCAAGGCACAAGAAAGGAGGGUCAGGGUGACUAAGGGGAAGCCAUGAGGCAGGUGCUGCUCUCGCUGGCCCUGUGGCUGGGCGCGCUGGGCCUGGGCAGGGCUGAGCUCACGGCAGCCCAGCACCGGGGCCUGCAGGUGGCCCUGGAGGAGUUCCACAAGCAUCCGCCCGUGCAGUGGGCCUUCCGGGAGACCAGUGUGGACAGUGCCAUGGACACGCCCUUCCCGGCCGGGACCUUUGUGAGGCUGGAGUUUAAGCUCCAGCAGACGAACUGCCGGAAGAAGGACUGGAAGAAAGCCGAGUGCAAGGUCAAGCCCAGCGGGGCCUCCCCUCACCCCUUUCCUCUCUGGGCUCUAAACCCCCCUCCUCAGAGAAAGCGGAAAUGCCUGGCCUGCAUCAAGCUGGACUCUGAAGAUAAAGUCCUGGGCCGGAUGGUCCACUGCCCCAUAGAGACCCAGGUUCAACGGGAGCUGGAGGAGCGCCAGGAGGCCCAGUGCAGCAGGGUGGAGCGCGCCGGCGAGGACCCUCACAGCCACUACUUCCCUGGGCAGUUCGCCUUCUUCAAAGCCUUGCCCCCCAGCUGAGGCCUGACUGUUUCUCUUCCCUUCCCUCUAGAAUCUCACCCGGCUUCCUGGAAGCAGCGUGAGGGAGGUAACAAGUGAAAGCCCGCCCUCCCUUCUCUGUGCCUAGGGAGGACUGUCCCAUAGUCCUUAAUAAAAGUGCUCUAGAGCUGC